AUGGCGGCGAGGAGGUGGUGCUCACACGUUCCUUCUGCAGCGCGCGGCUACGCCAACACGCCCGCUGCCUCGUCCGGCAAGGGCCAGACCGGCCAGAUCAAGGCCGUCAUCGGUGCCGUCGUCGACGUCUCGUUCGACAGCGACGAGCUGCCCGCCAUUCUCAACGCCCUCGAUGUGCAGGACGUGCAGAGCGGCAACCGCCUCGUGCUCGAGGUCGCCCAGCACCUCGGAGAGAACACCGUGCGCUGCAUUGCCAUGGACGGCACGGAGGGCCUUGUCCGCGGCCAGAAGGUGCUCGACACCGGCCUGCCGAUCCAGAUCCCCGUCGGCCCCGGCUGUCUCGGCCGCAUCAUGAACGUCAUCGGCGAGGGCAUCGACGAGCGCGGCCCCAUCAAGGGCAACAAGCUCUCGCCCAUCCACGCCGAGCCGCCGGCGUUCACGGACCAGUCGACCGAGGCCGAGGUGCUCGAGACGGGCAUCAAGGUCGUCGACCUGCUCGCGCCGUACGCGCGUGGCGGCAAGAUUGGCCUCUUCGGCGGUGCCGGUGUCGGCAAGACGGUGCUCAUCCAGGAGCUCAUCAACAACAUCGCCAAGGCCCACGGUGGUGUGUCCGUGUUCACGGGCGUCGGCGAGCGCACGCGCGAGGGCAACGACCUGUACCACGAGAUGAUCGAGACGGGCGUCAUCAACCUCGAGGGCGAGUCCAAGGUGGCCCUUGUGUUCGGCCAGAUGAACGAGCCCCCGGGAGCCCGUGCCCGUGUCGCCCUGACCGGCCUCACGAUUGCCGAGUACUUCCGUGACGAGGAGGGCCAGGAUGUGCUGCUCUUCAUCGACAACAUCUUCCGCUUCACGCAGGCCGGUUCCGAGACGUCGGCCCUGCUCGGCCGUAUCCCGUCGGCCGUCGGUUACCAGCCCACCCUGUCCACGGACAUGGGUGGCAUGCAGGAGCGCAUCACCACGACGAAGAAGGGCUCGAUCACGUCCGUGCAGGCCGUCUACGUGCCGGCCGACGACUUGACCGACCCGGCCCCGGCCACGACCUUCGCGCACCUGGACGCCACGACGUCGCUGGCGCGUGGCAUUGCCGAGCUCGGCAUCUACCCCGCCGUCGACCCGCUCGACUCCAAGAGCCGCAUGCUUGACCCCUCGAUCGUCGGCCGCGAGCACUACGACACCGCCACGGGUGUGCAGAAGCUGCUGCAGGACUACAAGUCGCUGCAGGACAUCAUUGCCAUUCUCGGCAUGGACGAGCUGUCCGAGCAGGACAAGCUCGUCGUCGAGCGUGCCCGCAAGGUGCAGCGCUUCAUGAGCCAGCCGUUCGCCGUCGCCCAGGUGUUCACGGGCAUUGAGGGCAAGCUGGUGCCGCUCAAGGAGACGAUCCGCGCGUGCAAGGAGGUGCUGGAGGGCAAGCACGACUCGCUGCCCGAGGGUGCCUUCUACAUGGUCGGCGGCAUCGAGGAUGUCGUGGCCAAGGCCGCCGAGAUGAACAAGGAGAACUAA